AUGUGCUGCACACCUUAUACAAACUGUAACGUAGAACCCAUCACCGGAUGGGCAGACCAGUUCUAUGGUCCUUUUGGCUUGACGACAGCAUCAACUUUAGGCAUACUUAGGAGUGUCUACAUAUACGAUGUGCCACUUGAAAUAGUGCCUCUCGAUUAUGUCGUAAAUUGUGUAAUAUCAGUACUUUGGAAAACAUCCAAAUCUUCUAAACCCACCAUCUACACCAUCGUUCCCAAAAAAGAAAACGUGUGCACUUGGUACGAGGCACGGAAGCUUCUCUUUGCCCAUUAUUUAGAGAGUCCUCCUCUCCAAAUGGUGUGGUACUACGGGUUACAAUUUACCCCCUACAAGCUUCGGCAUGACAUAUAUGCUUUUUUCUUGCAUACAGUUGUUGCAUAUAUUGCUGAUUUUGCGCUCUUCUGCUUAGGAAAACCCACUGGUGUUGUGAAGAUCCACGAAAGAUUAGCUAAACAGAUUAGUUCGGUGGAGUAUUUCGUAACUCGGCACUAUCAUUUCCAUGACAAUAAUACUGAAAAUUUGUGGAACGAGAUGAAUGAAGAAGAUAAAGAGCUUUUUAAUUUUGACAUGAAAAAUAUGAAAUGGCGCGAUUAUUUGUUUAAAUCUUUUACAGGUUGUAAUGUGUAUUUGUUGAAAGAGAGCGGUGAGAAAAUUUCUGAAGCUAAGAGAAAAAUGAAAAUUUUGUUUGUGGUACACUGUGCGACGAAGGUUUUGAACAGACCACUUGAUCUGUUCACUUUUAGCGGGCCAAUGGGAGAGUCGGACAUUGACGUCACAGUAGUGAUUGGUGGCUGGUUGGAGAGGUGUGCGGGGGAAGUUCAAAUCGAAGAUAAAAAAGUGGAGAGGGUGGUCCAUGGGAAACGUCAACUGGGAGAUGUUCAAAUCGGAAUAGGGAAGGAAGGCCUGUAUGACCAGUCCUGA